CGCUACAUUUACACACACACACACUCUCUCUCUCUCUCUCUCUCUCUCUCUCUCUCACACACACACACACGCACACGCACGAGCAACAUACACAGUAAUUCGCUUGGCACAAUACAAUGGCGGAGCAGGUCGUCGACGAGAAAUCAGACGAUCUGGAUAUUGUUUCAAUCGGAAAGUUAUAUCAAGGUCCAUGGGAGAAGAAGUAUUGGAGUUCAUCCAGGGGCAAAGAUCGACAUCCAUAUCCAGUUGGAUAUGUAGCUCAUCGCAUGUGUAAUGGGAAUACCUAUAAGAUGGCAAUUCUUGAGGGACUUAAAGGACCUGAAUUUGCGAUUAGUUCUACGGAUGGGGAAUCUUGCUCUGGGCAAACUCCAGAUAUUGCAUGGGAGGGCUUUCAAAAGAAGAGCUGUGUUCGCAUCAAAUUUUGGCGAGGGAAGAGAUUUUCAUGCAAGAUAGAUGGUGCAGAGCUUUUUGGAUUCAAAAACCCACUUGUUGCAAGGUUACUGAGGGGAUUGAAGGCAAAUGCCAGCCCAAUUGUUGAGAAAAGUUUACCAUCUUCUUGCUUUGGCAAUGAGCAGUCUGAAGGAACACAUGAACAUCAUACUCAAGGCACUGUGCAUUCUGCAGAGACAUGUAAAGACCCUGAUUUGCAAAUCAACUUGGUUAAAACCGAGGGUAAAGAGAAAAGAAGUAAGAAACGUAAAGAAGCUCAUUUGAAAUCAGUCAGUGGGACCCAACAUAAAAGAGAGCGACCUCAAGAUCUGACACAAACUGGCCAUGAGAAUCAUAACAAUAGGAUUCCUUUGCAUUUGUUGAAUUCAAAUGAAAAUAAACCAGGCCUGGAAAAGAUGGAUUGCAAAGGAGAUAAUAAAUCUCAUUUAAUAUCAACAGAAGAUGGACUGCAGCUCGAUUCCUCUAUUUCUUCUGAAAAUCUUGAAAAAGAGAAGUGUCCUGCUGUCCUAGAAGCAAGCAAUUCUAUUGGUUCCAAAGAAGGUAUCAACUUGUUCAAAAAGCAGGAAAAUCUUGAUGUAUUGAUAUCUACCUGUAAAAGAGAGCUCACUUCCUCGAAAACAGCAGAUGAAAAGGGAGACCCACCAGUUCAUAAAGGCUCACACUCACAGAUGAUGGAUAAUGUGGACCUCUAUGCACCUGAUACUUUGGAUCCAGCCUUAGAUGAAAAGGGUGACCCACCAGCUAAAAAAGAUUCACAGAUGUUAGAUGAUGUGGACCUCCGUGCACCUGAUACUUUGGAUUCAGCCUUAGAGGUGAUCCCUGAAGAAACCAACUGUUCUAUAAAUGAAAAGUUAAAUGGUGCCUGGAUUUUAGUUUCUGAAAAAGGUGUAACAGAGUCAGAGGCAAAAGAUGAGAUGGUUAUUGGUAUUGGUAUUGGGAGUGAUAAUUCUUACAAGAGUGAUUCAGAUUCAGUUGGACAUGAGAUAACCAAUUCAAUGAUGACUUUACUGCUUCCGCGGGCUCUUCCUCUGCUUAAGACUUAUUCAAGAAAGAAAAAGAAAAAUCUUUAUAAAAUGUCCCAAGAGGAAAGAAAGGGAACUAAUCAAUGCCCGAAAGAUGAACCUCCAGCCAAAUCUUUUGAGGAACUUCAACUGGAGAAUCAUCAAGGUGUAGAAGAUUCAACAGCUAUUGCACCUGAUAGUUUUGAGAAUCAUCAAUGUGAACCCAUGGAGUCCUCUCAGGCCAGACAAUUUCAAGAUGCUGAUAGAGCUGAUGGAAAUGAAAGUACUUCUGGUGUAGAUUUAUCAUGCAUCCAUGAAGGGCACCGUGUUUCUUCUAAUAGUGAAGAUACAUGUCAUGUUGAGGAAACUACCAGAAAAACUAAGUCUGAUGAAGAUGUAGAGUUGGUUUUGGAGAAGAGUCUGCAAAGGGGUGGCAGAAUCAUGGAUACUUAUGAUUUGGGCAACAUAUCUCCAAGCAGGAAGGAUCCCAAGAUAACAGAUGUCAAAAUCUCUCCUUGUCACAUAGAAGGAACGGCCACUGCAGUUGAUGCUAAGUCCACACGGCCACUGAGUUCGAUUUCAACUCAGUGCGAGAUGACUAAAAUGGUGGAUAAUGAAGCAGAAGUGAAAGAUGAGUCAUGCUUAAAUAAGUUUCACAAUGAUGAUGAACUACAGAAUGUAUUUGAGGUUGUAGGUUGCUAUAUGCAUCCAACCCCAAUCUCAAUGGUAAUGUUGAGAAGAAAAGGGAAUGAGGUCUUGAUAUGUGUUUUAUGUGGGUAUCUGAUGGAAAAAGACAGGACACUUUUUGUUUACAAGGCAUCUAUUAAAGGCCAAAAGAAAGGACACCCUUCUUUCAUUGGUCACACAAGAAUUAUCUCACCAAUUUCAAGAAACGCAUCUGGUGACCAAAUCAUGCAGUUUACUCCAGAUGGCAAAUGCCUUGUUUUACUGAACAACAUCACAUCUCCUUACUGCAGGGAGGGUGGUGUGAAGUGUCAGUUUUCAGCCUGUAUACCAGAUAGCUUUGAGAAGAAUGCAGUUAAAAUCGUGCAAGUAAAACUAGGCUAUGUUCAUGUAGUAUGCAAACUGAAAACAAGUAACAAUGUAUGCUGCAUGUUAGUUUGUGAACCUAAUUACCUCCUUGUUGCUGAAGAAACUGGAAGAAUGAAUUUAUGGACCAUGAACUCAACAUGGAGUGCAGCAACAGAACACGGGUAUUUACCAACAUCUGAUUGCAUGUCUAGUUGUGUAGUUUCUAUGAAAAAAAUACCAAAUUUCCCAGGUCUGGCUGUUGGUCAUACUGCAUUUGGAGAUUUUUGCUUGUGGGAUCUAACAAGAAAAAUCCUGGUAUCAAAGUUUUCAGCUCCAGGAACUUCAUUUCUUUCUUUCCUUCCAAUUAAUACAUUCAGGUGUCCAAAAAAAAGUGGUUGUAAAAAGAAACAGGAGGAAACACAUACAGACAAUCAUGAUAACGAAGAUGUGUCACUCGUUCUUCUUGUUUCAUCCGUCUCAAAUCAGCAUGUUAAUGGCGAAAAAGCAUUAAAAGAUUGUAGAUGCUGGAGUCUAGCAUUGCUGGCCAAAAACAAGCUGAUUCUGCUGAAUGAUUUGGAUGCAAGUAGCACCGUAGCAGGUGUAUCAGCAGGGUAUGGAAUCAUGUGUACAUGUGAGGGCUCUGUGUACAUAUGGGAAUUGUCUUCAGGUGCUAAGCUUGGUUAUCUCACCCAUUGCACAGGAGCCACAGUGUCAUGUUUGGUGGGGGAUGAUUCUGGUGUAUUUGCAGUGGCUGUGGAUGGGAGCCAGCUGCAGGUAUAUGCUCUUGGAACAUGAGAAAAUAAAAACCAAAAUAUAUGGAGUAGAAUAUUUUGUCCUUGUAAGAUAUGAUGCUUAAACGAAGCAAAAUUCAGUGGUCACAGUCCUUUGCCUUUGCUCCUGGAUUAAUGUGUCGUCAAGAAUCAUAAAUAAAUGUAUAUAAUCAAACAACACCCGACAUCUGUUGGGAUAUCAGACGAAUGAUAAAGCAUAGAUAUGAUGAAAAAUAUUAAAAAAAUUGAAUUAGU